AUUACUCUGCAUAGAGCAUAUGCACAUACCUGUUUGGAUCUUCAAUUGAUCGAGUUAGAGGGAGAGAGCUCCAAUGGCGGAAGAAUCCGAGACCCAGACUUCAACCUCCCAACAAUCUCCGCCUCAGCCUUCCUCGCAAGGCCCACCCAAUCCUCCCCAGAUCCAGGGACCAACAUACUUUAUUCUUGGGGCUUCACAAAAUGGUGAUGGUCAGAUGUUUCCAAUCAUGUGUCCGGCACUCGUUCCUGGGGGGUUCAAUUUGCAAAACCAAGAACAGAUGAACCGUGGAGCAGGCAUAUAUGCCGUUCCCGUACUCCCAUUCAUGAAUCCCAUUGCUGGAUUUCCCCCUAACACACUUAUCCCUUUAACCUAUAGCACACCCACUAGAACAAGUUCUUCUGAGGCUGCAACAUCGGGUGAGCAAGGGCAACUGGGACAGCAACAGCAACAACAGCUGCAGCAGCAACAACAGCAACAUCAUCAAGCACCUCAAAGACAAAUUGUUGUGAGGAGAUUUCAAAUUGCCAUUCAUCUUGACCUGUUACUUAUACUAAAGCUGGCAGCAGUAAUCUUUUUGUUCAACCAAGAUGGGUCAAGACAAAGGCUUGUUCUCCUUGUGUUUUUUGCUUCACUUGUUUAUCUAUAUCAAACUGGAGCUCUCACUCCACUGGUACGAUGGCUUCAACAAGGAAUGCAAAGGGCAGCUGCACCUCCCCAACCACCAAGACCAGACGCUAGGCCGGACAAUCUGCCUCCUGGUGCAAGACAGGGGAAUGAGAAUGCUGCUGGACCAGAGGGACAACCAGAAGGUGAGAAUGAGAUUCAGCCUCUCCUUGAUGGGAAUCGGGCAGUUGAGAAUAAUGAGCAUGUGGUGGAACCUGGUGCAGACAAUGCUGGCAACAGGUGGUGGGGGAUUGUGAAGGAGAUCCAAAUGAUUGUAUUCGGCUUCAUCACCUCACUUCUUCCGGGCUUUCACAAUCUUGAACAUGGAUGAACUAGUAAGACACAACAGACACUGGAAACAGAGGUGUUCUUUUUGAAUAAAUACAAAAUGCCAAAAAAUCUUUAGAGGUAUAGUUUGGUACAUGCCAUGUAAUUUGUGUGGUCAUAUUUUGAUUGGACCAUUUAGAUGACCAUAACUUUGCUAAAGAAUGUCGAUACAACAUGGUUGUCAAGUUUUAUGGAGUAUCUGAUUGGGUUGUGGUUUA